AUGGUGCGAAAGCUGCCGCAAGAGCUAGUCGACCAAGCCAUUGACCAUCUCUGGAACGACCGCGAUUCCCUGUCGGCGUGCAGCCUCGCUUGCCAGGCCUGGCUCCCCUCAGCGCGCACACACCUCUUCCGGGACCAACGCUUAACUGGAGCGAAGGACUGCGCCCGCUUCGAGGCGCUCCUGGAGAGCGCGCCCGCCAUCGCCCACUACGUCCAGAAGCUCUCCAUCAGCGAGCCCAUGAGCACCGCGUACGCGCAGAACUGGCCCAUGAGCACCGCGUACGCGCAGAACUGGGUCAACCGCGUCCCCGCCCUGGUCGCACAGCUGCACCGGCUCACUACGCUCGAGCUUGUAGGCCUGCACUACGUCUCGCUCCAGAAAUCGUCGCCCGAGGCGCUUGAGGCGCUCUCGCGCCUCACUGGGCUGGUUCUCGCGGACGUCUACUUCGACAGCUUCGCGGAUGUGCACGCGCUGCUGUCCGCCGCGUGCAAUGUGCGCGAGCUGUGCUUUUACCGCGUGUCGUGGGUGAACCCCUCGUGCGCACCGUACGGCUCGCUUCCGCUCAAGGCGCCCCCGCCUCUUCGCCGGCUGGUCAUUGAUUCCUGGGCGUCGUCGGAGAUGGUGCGCGAGUGGCUCUUGCCUUCGGCGGAACAUCUUGACGUCCGCACGCUCAUGAUCCGGUGGCGCGAGCGGGAGUCUAUUAACACGCUAAACGGCCUCCUCCGUGCAUGCGGUCCCGCGCUCGAGCGGGUGUAUAUGGAGCUGCCAACCACUAUGGAGGCUCACGUGGGUGCUAUAGAAUCACAAGAGCUGCCUAGCUUGUAUCACAAUGUUAACCUCCGUGCGCUGGAAAUCGACGGUCUCGUCGUCCCCGGAUGCGUCGCAUGGACGUCCGCGCUGCUUGCGGAGCUGCGCGCGCCACAUCUGGAGACGCUGUCCGUGUCCAUGCUGGUCUUGAACACAUCUUCCGUCUCUUCCUUCGACUGGGCCACCCUCGACUCCAUCCUCUCCCGGCCUAUUUUCGCGCACACUACCUUCAACGUCAACAUCAACCUUGCGUUGCAUUCGAGCAACAACCCGAGGGUGGUGAAGGAAGCCGUGUUGGGUCUCCUUCCCGGCGUCGUCGAAAGGGGGAAGCUCUGCCUUCGCUGCACCUGA